AUUUAAGCAAAGUAGCCGGAUUUGUCCUGAUCCCCUGCAAAAGAAGUGGAAGGAAAAAAAAGACUCGACGGUAUAUCUCAUCAUCGUUCCGCUUCCAGCUGCUCCAUAGGUCUCCCCGCUAAACGAAAGGUCUCUUUCGUUUCGUGCUCCAAAGCGGCAGCAGCAACAGCAUUUGCUGAGCGGUACGAGAGCAUUGUCGGAGUCAGAGAAGCAGAUGUGUUUUGGUUUGAACUGAAUGGACGCUACGCAACCACGCGCCGUAAGUUGGGGCACCAGAAAUGAAGGGUGACCCAUGGGGUGUUAGUGAACGAUACCGUGAGAGGUGGCCAGAAAGACACUGGCAUCCCCAACAAAUGAGAGAGCUGAUGAGCGCGAGGAAUUGACGAGAAACGAACGACCGCAUGAACCGAACGGAAUGUACAAUGUACAGUGAGCGCGUACAACCGGGACGGAAUGGACGACGGAGCGGAAUUACGAAGAAAUUGUUCGACGGUAGCGACGGCGACAGCGACGAAAGAUUGUGCCGAUUCAGUCGAUAAUUGCGCGGCCGCUGAGGUGGUGGAAGAAACUCGUGCCACGGCGUCCAGUGUGUGUGGCCUUUCUGUAUGUGUUGUUUUUCGCUGCCAAACGCAAUCAAGUAGUGCAGUAGAGUGCUGAUUGGUACGCAACAGAACGUGUGCUAGGGACAUUUGUUAGCGUCUGUUCCUUGAAGUGAAGCAGGAGGGACUACAAGGAGGAAAUGGUGGAGGUGCACGAACAGUGACGGGUAGGCGGAUGGUUACCCGCGAGGGCACGGUUACCGGCCGCAAGGCUUACGCAAGCCUGUCGUUUGAAGCGACUCUGCUACCUGGACAGGAUUAAUAUUUUGCUUCUUCCAAACUGGUGACAGUGAACCGCCGCACGAUUGCCCUGGAAUAUCGUCGUUGUUCGGUGAAGAUUUGUUCGCAUUUGCGCCGUGUUCCCGGCGUGUUGUCCAACAGUGGUGGUAUCGCGUUCGUAACUGCUCCCACGUGCGCUUCCCUUUCGUAUCGACAGCGAAUGCUGUGCGUACGUGUGCAUGUGGGUCUGUGUGUGAGUUCAGCAGGACUUCAGAGCAAGAGAGCUUUACCGCUAUCGAUUAUGUUCCAGUAUGCUCUGACACUGAUGGAGCUAAAACCGGUUCAUCAUACGGCGACCACCACGGACGGCUGUAGCUUUCGGAGCUCCAGCGCGACCCUAGGAUGGGACGAGCAUCCUGAGAAAGAAAUAUUGUUUUUUGACCAUCAAGAUCUGCCAUUCAGUCGACCGCAGCAGUGAUCGUGAACGUGCCGUGUUCAGAUGAGUGCCGAUUUAAAUGCGCAACUAUCAGUUCCCGAUCAUGACAGCCAUGAGUACAUGUGUGACAGUUGCAGUGCAGCCUACAGCCCUACGUGAAGCAAAGCACUGUGUUCGAUAUUUUGCAGGAACGAGAGUGCAAAUGUAUAGUUAAAUUAGACAGAAAAGUAGCAAUAGAACCCGGAAAAGAAGAAGUGAUGUACCACAGAAAAUUGCGUUAAUUGAAAAUGGGUAUAAAUUGCACCCGUAGUAUCGUUUACCAUUAGUACUUCACCAAGCAACGAUCGUAGUCUAACUCAUCGCACCAGAUAGCUAUAUAAUAUUGGGACUUAAAGUCCUGUGGAAUAAACGAAUACCCUUGUGCAAUAAAAGCUCACAAUUAAUUGCCUUUUGUGUAUUAAGUUUGAAUACAGGCAGCUUAACGUGUGUUCUAAUCAAGGGGAAGGGAUUUGAGUGAUGAUUAGUGACCAGUGUGCAAGAACCUGUAUAGAUUUACUACUUGCACUAAUCGCAUAAAGUGGUACGUAAGCGUUGUGUAUAGUGAGUGAAUAUAUGACGGCGAGCGUACUCGCUAUUCUCUUUCGGGAACUACCACCUUAGUAUUUGUGGGUGCACGCACGCAUAUUGGCGCGGCGUGACCACAAAGCCACCGGCACCAACGUCUGUAUGGAUGCGGGAGGACUCCCAGUAUUUCCGGGUGCUAAUCAGGCCAGUCACCUGAACAGUCUUCACCUACAGCAACAACAGCAGCAGCAGGCUCAACAUCAUCAACUGACGCUGCAGCAGCAGCAACAGAUGCAACUGCUCAACAACCACAACCUUCAUCAACAGCAGCAGCAACAACAUCCGCAGCAGCUCCUGCAGCAGCAUCAACUACAGCAGCAGCAGCAACAUCAACAACAACCAUUGCAGCAGCUUGGCCAGGGCGGCGAAGUUCCCCAGAAACGUCAGGCGGUGUUCGACAGACUGAAGCGACGCAUCGAAACCUACCGGCGGCGGCAAACCGAUUGCACGCCUCGGUUCGAGCAAACGUACAGUGGGAUCUGUGAGCAACAGAGCCUCGAAACCACCGCACUGCAAAAGAAGUAUCUUGAACAAAAAAAUAAACGCUCGUUAAAGAAGACAGAGAAGAAGCAGGCCGAACAGCAGCAACUACAACAGCAACAGACACUAUCCGGAAAUCUGCAAAGCAGUGUUCAUGUGCAACAAAAAUUCCUCAAGCGGCCAGCUGACGACAUCGAUUCCGCCUCCGAUUCGUAUGAGCCACCGGUGAAACUACAGCAUAACGGAUCCGAGAAUCUUACCAAAUUCUCCGUUGAAAUCGUUCAACAGCUGGAGUUCACGACGUCGGCCGCUAACUCACAACCUCAGCAAAUCAGUACAAACGUUACUGUUAAAGCAUUAACCAAUGCGUCCGUUAAGAGCGAAGGAUCUACAGCAAAUGGUGGCUCAGGCGGAGGCAUUGGCGGAACCGGUGGCGGCAAUGGAAUGCCUGGUCAGCAACAACAACAGCAACCAAACAAUAAUCCGACGCCGUCCCCACACAUGCAUGAUCUUGGCAACAUCGUGGAUUUUAAGCAAGAACCCGAAAAUGAAUUCGCUGAUCUUUCGGCAGCAUUGGAGAAGGAUGCGGCGGCCAAUGGUCACUUUCCGGGAUUAUCGGACUUCAUUGGGGAUGACACGAACGAUGAAAACGACACCUUCAAGGAUCUCAUAUCGGAUCUCUCGGACUUCCAGUCCGAUUUUCUCGAUUUCGAGGAAAAACCGCAACCACCGAUGCAGCCUCAAGGACAGCAGCAGCAACCAUCACACCAACAGCAAUCGCAAAUGCAAUCGCAGCAGCAUCAACAACAUCAACAACACCAGCAGCUCAUGCAAUCGCAGCAAAGUCAGCAGCAUAUGCAGCAGCAUCAUCCACAACAACCACCACACCAUCCAUUGCAGCAUCAGCAGAUGCAUCAUCAGCAUAGUCAACAGCAACAACACCAACCGCAUCCUCCAGGAGCUCAGCAAAUGUUAUCAAAUCUACAGCAGCAGCAGCAGCAGCAUCACCGGACACAUCCGCAACACCUUCAGCAACAUCUUCAACAACAGCAGAUCCAACAUCAUCAGCAGAUCGAGGUGAAGCAAGAGCAUUGUAUCAAACAGGAACACCCCAGCCCUGGCUUAUUAGAUAAUAUGGGUAUAAAGCGUGGUGGCCCGCUAACGCCACAGCAACAACAGCAACAUCAGCACCAGCAGCAGCAACAACAACAGCAGCAGCAGCAGCAGCAGCAGCAGCAGCAGCAGCAGCAGCAGCAGCAGCAGCAGCAGCAGCAGCAGCAGCAGCAGCAACAACAACAACAACAGCAGCAACAGUAUUCAAAUACAUUUGGUGAUGGGAUUGGUGGACCAGGCGUUGCGGCGGGAACUGGACCAAUGGCAAAACAGCGUCCUGGAUAUGGCAAUACUCAAAAUGGUCCCAUACCCGAACUCUCUCCCGCGGCCCAAACACUUAAACACAUGGCCGAGCAGCAUCAACAUAAGAACGCCAUGAACAUGGGUUUCCCUCGAAAUGGACCCCAAAUUCCACAAGGUCAACAGAGGCCUCCAUUCGCAGAGUUCAGUCAGUAUCCGGGCAACGAGUUUAUUAACUCGUCGGUUGGCAGUACAGGUAGCCCUGUAAGUGGCAAUAACCCUGUCGGACCAGGAUCGCUACCGCUAGGCGGUGGUGUACCUGGUAGUGGUGCUGGUGCUGCUGGUCCGGGCCAGGGGCCAGGGUCUGUUGCUGGAGGCCAAUUUCACAAGGCGAACGUGCCACCAUUCCCUGGUGCUGAUCUUAUAAAACAAGAGUUGUUUGCAUCUCAGAAUGAUUUCGAUCUCAAACCCACGCUAAACCGUUUACAAUCGUCAAUGGGACCAAACGGUCCUAAGAUUGGUCCAGUACCAGGCGGGUUCGUUAAAACACCCAAUCAACAACAGCAACCACCGCCCCAACACCCACAGCAGCAACAGCAACAACAGCAAUCACAACAACAGCAGCAAUAUUCACCAUAUGGUUCGCCCGGAGGGAUACCAAACCACGGGGGAAGUCCCGUACCAGGAUUUAUGCCAGGUUCACGCGGUGCUGGCACUGGACCGGGCAUCGCAGCAAAUCAAGGACCAGCUGGUGGACCCAACGUUUCUGGGGCAGGUGGUCCCGGCGGCCCGGGUGGAGGAGCUGGUAGUGGUGGUGGUGGAGGCGGUGGUGGAGGAGGUGGAGGAGGAGGUGGAGGAGGAGGUGGUGGUGGCAACGGUAACUCAGGUGGUCCUGGCGGUAAUGGCGGCGGAAUGCCACCUCGGGGCGGAGCCCCUAAUGCAGGAUCGAUGCCGGGAGGACAGAAUUCAACAAUGCUUCAGAUGAAGCAAACGCAACAGCUGCACAUUAGUCAACAGGGCCCAGGGGGUCAUGGCAUUCAGGUAAGCGCCAACUGCGAAACAACGAUUGGUCGUCAAUCCAAACGGAACAACAAAACUGUUCACACGGUGUCAGCCGGUCAGCAUUUACAUCUUAGUGGUGAUCUUAAAACGGGUGUUUCGGUAGCCGCACAACAAGGUGUUUUCUUCAGCCAACAACAAACUGGUCAACAACAACAGCAACAGCAACAACAGCAGCAGCAACAACAACAGCAGCAGCAGCAGCAACAGAAUCAGCAACAGCAUCAGCAACACGCGCAACAUCAACAGCAUUCACAACAUCCACAACAUCAGCAACACCAACCACAUCAACAGCACCAGCAGCAUGGUCAACAUCCACAGCACCAGCAGCAUCAUUCACAGCAUCAGCAGCAGCAGCAUCAGCAACAUCAACAUCAGCCGCAUCAGCAGCACCAUGGACAGCAGACUGGGCCAAAGCAGCAAACACAGCAAGGAAAGCAAACCGGCCCCGGUAUGGGUAACUUACCUGGCGGAAUGGUCGGUGGACAGGGUGGUGUUGGCAAUGUGGGCAAUAACGUUGGACCCCAGAACACGAUACCAAACGUUCCAGGGCAGGGUAUAAAUACUGGAAAUGUCGGUGGCAAUGCUUCUAAUCAGAACCAUCCUCAGAACCAAGUGCCCAAUUCACAAGGAUCAUCCAUUGUUAACGAGGCACAAUAUACGGUAUCACAAUCCCAAACGAUCAACUUUACGCAACAAACGAUACGAGCCCGACAGCAGCAGCACCAGGUUAAUGGAAAUGUGGGUAUGGCAAACGGCGGUGGUCCGCAACAUCAACAGCAGCAACCCGGAAUGGGAGGACCAGCACAGAACCAACCUCAGCAGCAACAACAGCAGCAGCCAACACAUGCGAGUGGACCACAAGGCGGACAAGGGCUUGGCGGCAAUGGUCCAGGAGGUGCUACUGGCCCCGGUAUUGGACCCGGCGGUGGAACAGUACCACCUGGUAUGGUUGGUGGUAUGGUUGGUUCAGGUGGCAUGGGAGGUCCUGGCGGUCCGGGUAAUGGCGGUGUUGGAAUGGGACCCAACGUUCCCAUGGGAAUGGGUGGCAUGGGCGGUCCGAAUGGAGGUGGCAUCAGUGGGCUGAAUACGAUGGUGUCAAACUCGAUGGCCCCUGGCGCUGGUAACGGUACGGGUGUUGUGACUGGGGCAGGCAUGGGCGGUGCUAAUGGCGGCAUGAUACAUGCUGCCGGUGGUGGUGCUAGUGGUCCGGCAGGAGCAAUGCGACACGCGGAGCAGAUGAAAUUUUUGCAACAACAACAGCAGCAGCAGCAGCAAAUGAUACGCGCUCAAGCCAUGCAACAGCAGAUGGUGGCCGGUGCUCGACCACCUCCACCAGACUAUAAAGCGGCACAGCAGGCGAACCCAGCAGCAGCAGCGGCAGCAGCGGCCAUGAUGCAGCAGCAACAGGCACAGCAGCAACAAAUGCUACACGCUGGGGGCCGUUUCCCAGCUAUGCGAAGAAUUACGCAGCAGCCGAUUCCCCCUAGUGGACCCAUGAUGCGAGCCCAACAUGCAGCUUACAUGCAGCAGCAGCAGCAGAUGGCUGGUCACAGUGGCCCUAGAGGACCGGCGGGCAUGGUAGGAGGGUUCGGUGGAGGUGCUGGACCCAACGUUGGAGUUGUUCCUGGUGCAGGCGGUGCUGGUGGAGGUGCUGCUGGUGGUGGUGGUGCAGGAACAGUAACCGGAUCGGUUAUGAGUGGGCCGGUACAGCGGCCUCCAAAUGUGCAGGUGGGACCAGAGGGUAUGCCUAUUGGGUCGCAGCAAGCAGAAUGGCGGCAUAUGAUGGCCAUGCAACAGCAGCAAGUCAAUUUUGGUGCCACAAGUGGUGGAAGUAUGCGUCCAGGAUUUGGUGGUCCAGCCAGUGGUCCAGUUGGAGGGCCAAAUGGUCCCGUAUCACGAUUGGAUUCAUCUGUUGGACCAGUCGGGCCAAAUGGGCCGGGUGGACCUGCUAGUUCGAUUGCGGCUGGCGGUGUGGCUGGAGCUGCUGGUGGUGGAGGAGGUAAUGCUCCUGGUCCAGGUAUGGGACCAAGUGGGCCAAACAGUGGACCCGGUGGACCGGCCAGUGGUAACAGCAUGACGGCGAUGCAAAUGCAAAUGCUAAGGCAGCAAAAUCUUGCAAUGUACCAAGGGCAAGCCAACAACAGUGGUGGAGCGAUGAACCAAAUGCAAAUGCUCCAGCAACACCAACAGCUGCAGCAGCAAAACAUGAUGAAUCAAAUGCAGAUGAGUCAAAUACACAUGUCUCAGACGCAAACCAUGUCCAUACAGCAGCAGCAGCAACAAAAUCAACAAUCUGUGAUGAAUACUUUUACAACGCAAUCUACGCAACAGUCCACCACAACGACGAUGAUUGGCGGAGGGAGCAGUACUGGUUCAAUCGGUGGUGGUGGCCCGGGAGUAGGACCAAACGUGAACGGUAAUAUGAAUCCUGGCAAUAUGCUUACUGGUCCCGGCCCAUCAUCCGCGGGUCCGAAUAGCAAUAAUGGAGGCGGGAACAACAAUAACAGCGGUAGCAACAAUAGCAACAACAACAGUGGCAGCGGCAACAUGAACAACAACGGCCCUGGUCCCGGUAAUAACAAUAGCAGCAACAACAAUUCAUCCGAGUUCCUAGCGUUCCUAGAGAACCUGCCUGUGGGAGAUCCUAACCAGUUCAAUGCGCAGGACCUGCUCAACUCACUGGACAAUGAUAGUUUUAAUCUUCAGGACAUUCUUUAAACUGACCAGAGAGAUGAUGAGACGCUGGUGACAAGUGUGGUACAGAACAGUCAUUCGUGAAACUUAUGCAUGCAGCCAUACAUGAUGCAGAAUGCACUACAUACAUGCACUGUUGCAGUGUGCAGUGCUGCUGAUACAAUGCCACGAACCCAAAGUUACUCCUGCAGUAGUUGCAACUGCUCCUGAUUGUUGUAUUCACUUAUUACAAAGAAACGAAUAUGUCAUUACGUGUAGUAAAUACGGUAAAAAGUAACUAAAGAUAAAAGACAAAUCAAAAUGUAACAAACCCUACUAUGGUGGAGGCUUAAGCAAAGAGAAGGAACGUCCACCGUUGCUUGCGGAAGCGCAAACAGGCAACAUGUGUUGCAGUGUAUAUAGUUACAUGCCCUUUAAACUCUACCGAACGUAAUUGUUGAAAAGUCUUGCAAUUACAGCGACGGUACACGCCAAUUCGACACUUUUGCUGCAAAAGUGUUGGACGUGCUGCCAUUAUAAAAAUAAAACGAGAAACAAACAUUGCAGAGUAGUAACAAUUUGCUGCACAUAAACUCAUAAUCCAUUUGUGACGAAUAACAUACGUUAGUUUUCGGUGCUCUCUCUCUUUCUAUCAUUUUUAGCGCUUCUAUCGGUGGGCGAUGUGAGCGAACAAUGUUGAAAGCAAACAAUUUUGCCACUAUCUGCUUCUUCUUAUUGGCCGGUAGUGAAACUUCACGUUAAACGUAGAACAACUGCACGAUAUUUGGCGGUUUAUAUAACGUAGGAGAAAAUAGGAUAAGUCCAGCUGAUGCAGGCAACAAAACACUAUUAUGUUAAACAGACUCAAUGGGAGGGGUACAAAGCGAUUGACAAACAUUCCUCACUCGAGUAUGGUUCGUCCUUUUCUAUACUAACAUUGCAUAAACAGUAUGCAGUAUUGGUGCAUAUACUCACAGACCCUUACACGCAUAAAUGCAGUACGAUUUGACGCAGAGGUUAAGUUAUUCUUCAUCUCGAUAGAAAUAUGUAAGUCAAAUAGCGCGGCGGAGCCUGCAGGUCAUGCCUCGAUUCAUACGUUGUCCAUAGAUGAGUUAGAUUGCUGCAACCGAAAGGGGAGGUUUUCGUCCUUUUUAAAAUGAUGUUUUUUUUUAAUAUAAUGUCUCGAGUAUAUAUUUAUCUCUACGUUUCCAAAUGCAAUCGAUACCGGUUAGGGCUAAUUUAGCAAUACAAUUUGCAAAAAGGUAAAGUGUCUCAUUGUGUUUAUGGUUUAGCGAAUAGAAAAUAUUUGACACUUGCUUUUCUUGCAAAGAAAACGACAAAAAACUCAGCAUUGAUCAUUUUGUAAGUAUGUAGUAGUGUCUGACGCAUUCGAUGUUAGUUUUAAUUUUGCCUGUAUUAUACAAUUUUGUACAGUAAAGAUUCACAAUUCGUUUUAUCUAUUUAAAGACAAAGAUAGGUUUGACCAAUUAUUUAAUUUUUUUUUAAAUAUCGUGUGUGUAUUAGAGAAUGCGGGAUUGAAGCAGCGCGCAUAGCUGCAAAACUAUAAAGAGAUAACUGACAUGGGUAGCGUUAGAAGAAAGAACAUUCUAAAGAAUAAUCUCUACCUACCACAUACAUUGCAUUAAGAUCAUGAAACAGAACGAUUCAUCGGAAGUAUAAGUACACUUAAAUGUAUUAUAGCAAAACAUUAUGUAUACAAAGCAAAAUGGAAGUAGUGUCACCAUGAAAGUGAAGCGUACCGGGUGAACUAUGUAAUCAAAUCAACUUGUAACCAAAUCAAAUUUUAUAGAGGAAAAGAAAUCAACUAUCACCAAAUAAGAUAAUGCUCUUCACAGAUGGUUUCUAGGUUUCUCUCUUUUGCCAUUCUAGUGACACUUUCGUUCCAAUGCACACAUUUUAUGCAAAACAUUUGUUUAGUGAACGCUUUGGAACGAUAGAAUGGUUUAGAUGGAACCACACCACACCUUAAACAGGUCCAAUCUUGUCAAUUAACAAUUUACGCACCACCAGAACGUAGUAAGAUUGCUCUGUUUGUUUUUUACCUACAUUAGCUUUGUACUGAAUAUUUUCUUUCAGACGAACAAAAAAAAACACUUAAUUUCAUUUACACAAUCCAUCUACGUAAAAAUAUUUCCUUUUUAAAUAGCACGAAUGAUACGAACAACAGGAGGACACCAUCAACCAAUGAUACAAGAUAGUGUUUUUCAUUCCAAUUAUUAACUUCAAACACUUACACAAUUAACGCAUCACGAAUGGCCAAUUGAACAAAAUGUGCAACAUGUAAGGAAAACGUAUGCACAACAACGUGAAAUGGUUGGUAAUAUUUCUGGCAUGAAAGUAGCGAAACAAAAACCGAAAGAGUGAAUACAGGAAGGAAAGAUUUACAUAAGGUUCUGCGAAAACUUGAAUUGCUAAAAUUUGCGCGCAUACAUGGCCAUUGAUAUACAAUGAACAAACCACAGAAGAAGAACGAGCAACCGUUUUAGACGGUUUUGAAAUAGAAACUAUUAUAGAAAAUGUAAUUUUAUAAAGAAAAAGUAGCCAAACUGUUACUAUCAUCUUGUAUCACUCUUCUUUUGAACUGCGUUCUGGAAGUGAAUUUUUCAUUUACCCUCACACACACUCUCACUCUCUUCCUCUCCCUAUGUAAUCUUGUUCUUACGACACGUAAAAUGAUACCACAACACCACAGUUACAGUGUACCACUAUGCACGAAAUGCAAAUGCUAAGAUAAAAAUGUGAUUUUUUCUGUUAAAUUAUUUGGGCCAAGCCAUGGGUAUUUGCGUAAAAUCGUAUGAAAAGGUAUAGUGUGUACGAUUAUUUGCGCCAAAAAAUACAUUCACCAACAUAGUUUUAUCUUUUCUGCAUGUAACAUUGUUUUAAUGUGCACAGUAGAAAGGAUCAAAUCGGAUCGCUGUAGCGGGGAGAGGAGAGCAUAUUGUGAUGUAAAUAUUGAUUUCUGGUGGGAAUUGGUCAUACCGUUCUGUUGAAAGCACCCCAAGCUCGAUGGGGGGACUGUCCUUUUCAAAGAAGGUCGCAAAGGAGGAUUUCUGUGAAAAAGUAUUUUCGAGAGCCUUUGAAUUAAUGGACUUUAUAGAUUGUAAAAGAAUUCAUUACUUACUAGCAUUAAAAAGGCAUUCGGUUUUUUUUUUAUUUUAGUAAUUUUUAAACAUAAAAAUUCAAAAUAUGAAAUCUUAUCGAGCCAUGAUUGGAACGUGUAACAUUUUUAAGGUAUUAUUUUACUACAUCAUGUACUUUUAUUGAGAAUUAUUAUAUGAUAAUUAAAGCCACACAUACACACAUGCAUUGAUACAUGGAGCAAUCAAGCGUUGAACGAACUCUUAUUGACAAGUAUGCAAAAACACCAUAACUAAAUGCAAUUUGCAGGAACAAGCUUGAAUGAAAUUGGCAUUUCACUACAUGAAGUUACUCGUUGAUGCCAGAAGCUACAUCCCAGGCGAAACAUAUACGCAAGAGAAUAAAAGAGACAUAAGAAAAAUGGUCAAAACAAAAGAUUAAUUGAAAUAUAGAUAAUUAAAUUGAA